GCCGUUCGAGUGCGCGAGCUUCUUCCCUGCAGCUGCGCAGACAGAUGUGCUCCGUCUCGCGCUGUGGUCUGUAAUAUCGGGGAUUUUAUUGCUCGAGUUUGCGUUGCGUUCCCAAAAUGCAGGUUAGUGUAGUGUGUGUGUUUGCAGUGUGUGUGUGGGCGGUCGUGCGCCCGGAGGAGCCGUGUGCGGCCCCGCUGCAGUGGGAGGGCAGGACCGGGCGGUAUGACCACAGCACCGGGAGAAACACGCGCGCCUCGGUGGCGUAUGACGCACAAAACCAGCGCAUACGAGUGUUGGAGCAGAAGACAGGACACACACCGUGCAAGAAGUUCUUUGAAUACAUCUACUUGUUUAAGAGUGGCGUGUAUUUCCAGAUUGAGCAAGUCACCAAGGCAUGUGCUAAGCUUAAUUUGACUGAGGCCUGGGACCCGUAUGACAUCCCAAUGAACUCCACAUAUGAGGAUCAGUACUUCAUUGGUGGGCCAGGAGAUAUGAUUGAGGUUCAAGAGUGGUCGGACCGAAAGCAAGCUCGCAAAGAUGAGACCUGGGUGGGAGUUUACACCUUGAAAGACUGCUACCCCGUGUAUGAGAUGUACACCAAGAACAGCAGUGUGACCACCACCACUCGCUUCUUUGAUCUGGAACUGGGCAUCAGUGACCCUGAAGUGUUCACUCCACCCAGCACCUGCAUGUCGGCUCAACCUGAACAGAUGGCCUCUGACUGCUGAACUUUUCACAGUUAUUCAAUUACAUUUCUGCAAUCUGCACAGACGGAGGAAAGGCAUGGCAUAUAUCGUACGCAGUAGGUUUUCAAGGUGGAUAACUGCUUAUUGAAUGAAUUGUAGGCUUAACUACUAGACAAGCACAACUGUACCUUUAUGUACCAAGGACCUCAUAUUCAAGAUUGAAUUUGAGGGUAUAUGUAAUUUCUAAUGUAGUUCUCUAACAUUUUAUUUAAUUUUAUUAAUGUGUAUAAAACAAAUUGUGACUCAAAAUCAAACAGGAAUACAUCCUAAACAAAAUGCAAAGCAUGUAAAGUCAACCAUAAUUGACCCUAUUUCCUGUUGCUAACCUCAGCUUAUAACAGGUAUUUCAACUUAUAUCUGGGUCCAUCUCAGAAACUGGUCUCUCAUUUGGGACGUUAUGGUCAAAAAAUAAAUUUUCUAAUUUUACUAUUUUUUUUUUUGCAUUUAUUGAACACUAAAUGU